AUGAGUGAGGUCUUGCUACAACCUGACCUGGCAUUCAUCAACCCCAUAAACAGCUGCCAGAGGGUGCAGGAGCUGCCCUACCAGAAACCUUCUCAGGAAAUUGGGGACAAAAGGGGUCCUGCUUUUCUGAAAGCUGCUCUGCGCCCCUCCAGCACCAUUCCGCGGGCAGGCGCAGAGCGGCGGGCGCCGUUAGGGAAGCGGGAGGGAGGCGGAGCGCGCGUCCCCUGCGCGCCUCUUGCGCCCGGCGUGGGCCCGAUUCCACUGGGAGGCGGCGGCGGCCGCGGCCACGUGGGAGGCGGCCGGGCGCCGCGGCGACGAAGGGGCGGAGCCGCCCGAGCGCCGCAGCCGGGAGAGCGGAGGCGGAGUCGCCGCGUAGCCGCGUUCCCGCUGCCGGGAAAGGAAGCGGGUGCUCCGCCCGCCCGCCCGCGGGAGCCGUUCCAGGCCGGGCCUUGCGGCCACCACCCCACCGGCACCCUGGCGCUACGUUGCUUGGACGGCGUCUUCCUCUCCCCCACGGAGAAUGACUUUGUCAGCAAGAUUGUGGAGGAGCUGGACCAUUUCUUACUGCAAAACCAGCUGGAGAAAGUCCUCUUGUUCCCCCCGUUGUCUAGUCGCCUCAGGUAUCUGAUCCAUCGGACUGUCGAUGAUGUGGACCUCUUAAGCAGCUUUUCUGUCGGAGAAGGAUGGAGGAGGAGGACCGUGGUCUGCCACUCAGCGAUCAGGUUACCGGAUGAGCCGGAGGAUCAGGAUGCCUCCUGUGCCAGCACUUCCGGUUCAGGCCAUCCCGCCCAUCCAAGAAGCCGAGGAGGCCGGUCCCGCGGCGGGGCUCGUCGCGUGGAGCCGCCGGCCGCCGGCGCUCCAGCCCGGAGGGGGAAUGCUCUGGGCCGGAGGCAGCCCCGGAAGAAGCCCGACCGAGCACUGUAUGUCCCGAGGGCGAUGCGGAAGAAGCCUGAGGGCGUGACAGAGGAAGGGCCCCUGGAUCCCUUGGGAGGCGAGUUGCAGGGAUCGGGAGCAGCCGAGGAUGGGCAGCCCGUGGCCAGUGCUGCCAAUGGCAGGGAAAGGCUUGCGGACGGCGGCUCGUCACCUGCCAGCAGCGAUCCUGGUGUGGAGGCCAAGAGCUCCGGGGCGAUGCAUACAGAUAAUACGGGGCCCGAGAAUGAAAGCGGCGAGGGAACCGCCGAGCACCUGGCCUCCGCUGUGUUGGGCUGCAUACCCAGGCUGGAAGAGGAAGGCCUCAGCGAGGCUCAGCAAGCCACCUCGGCCCCAGAGGGCAGUGCCAGCCUGGUGGUUUUGGGAAGCCAGCCUCCCGGUGGGGCAGAUGCUUCCAUCUCGGCAUGUUGUGAGACCUUGGACCUUCAAGAAAAGCAGGAAGAAGGGAGUCCUAACCAGGCACUGCCCACAGUGAGCUGCCAUCUCCUUUCCCCGGAAGGCGGCAGUGGUGUUGCUCCGGAUGGCAUCCCUGCAGAACUGAGUACUGCUCGGGAGGACCAGGGAAGCUGGGGCUGGGAUGCCCCCGGGGCAGAAAGCAGCACUCCCCUGCCCCUGCCUGAAGACUGUGGCAAGGAUGUUACCAGCGCCGUUCGGCCGGAACCUUGUCAGGAUCCGUGCCUGUCGGAAGGCCAAAAUAAGGACUGUAUCUCUUGCAGCGGAGCAGAACAGAGCAAGGUGCUGCCCUCGCUUGAAAAGGGUUCUGUGGAGGCUGCCACAUCCCCCUGCCUCCUGGGAAGGACAGUGGGGGAAGUUCAGGAUAAAGAUGGCACGGCUGCAUCGCCCUUGGAAGCCCACGGGGACCUGCAGGACCAAAGCAGCACUUGCAGCCUUGUUUUGGGGCAGGCGUCCCCUGCCCUGGGAGGCUGCAAAGAUCCCCCCGCCCUCAAUCCUCUGGCUCCACCCUAUGUGAACACCUUUGCUUCUGAUCCUGGCAAAGCCCACCUGGUACUUCCAAGCCACGAAGGGGAGGCAGGCCACCCGGAAGGUGAUCGGUGGUCUGGGCUGGAGUUUUCUGCCGGGGACAGGCCCAUGGGCAGUGCCAUGGCAGAAGAAAAAGACCGCUUCUUUGAAGAGGACUGCGGUGCCGAACUCUUGCAAGAGAUCACAAAUUAUUUGACGAUAAAGGACAUAAGCAUUGAGAAAAUCCAGUUUGAUUAUUCUAGCUAUGGAGAGGCACAGAUCAACGAGGGCGAUUUUGGACAUGUGCUGGAGAUCUAUGAGUUUUCACCCUUGCUCAAGACUGAGCACCUCCUGGACGCUUUUGCAGAGUUCCAGGAGAACGGAUUUAAGCUGCAGUGGGUUGAUGACACCCAUGCCCUUGGAGUCUUCUCCAGUUUGGCAGCAGCAUCUCAAGCUUUGGAAAAAAGCUAUUCUGCCUUAAAGAUCCGUCCUCUUAUCCAUGGCACAAGACAGUCCAAAAUCAAGGCGCUUCAGCGGCCAAAGCUGCUUCAGCUGGCCAAAGAGAGACCCCAGACGGACACAGCCGUAGCUCGGAGGCUGGUGACCAGGGCUUUGGGGUUGCAGCGCAAAAACCGGCGGAACUCAAGCGGCCAAGCGCCGGAGCCAGAAAACACAGCCCUGCCAGAGUAAAAGGGCCAAAUUGUCCGGAGCAGCUCGGGGUGGUGUGACAGCCUGGGUGCAGUAUUAAACCGUGCACACAACA